AUGGUGAAGGAUGGUGUUAUUGAACCUUCAUCUAGUCCAUGGUGUUCACCUGUGGUGCUGAUAAAGAUGAAGGACGGCAGCAUGCGGUUUUGUGUUGACUACCACCGUCUGAACGACGUUACGAAGAAGGACAGCUAUCUCUUGCCAAGAAUUGAUGACACGCUGGACAUGCUUAUAGGCAUAAAGUGGUUUAGUACGCUGGACCUGAAAAGUGGCUCCUGGCAGGUUGAAAUUAACCCUAAGGACAAGGCGAAAACUGCAUUCUCCACGGGAAAGGGUCUGUGGCAAUUUAAAGUCAUGCCGUUUGGAUUGUGCAAUGCUCCAGCAACGUUUGAAAGGUUGAUGGAGCUUGUACUUACCGGGCUAAUUGGAGAUGCCUGUCUGGUCUACUUGGAUGACAUCAUCAUCGUAGGCCAUACGUUUGAGGAAUACUUUCAAGACCUGGAACGCGUUCUCAUGAAACUCCAGAGUGCCAACCUCAAGUUGAGUCCUAAGAAGUGCUCACUAUUCAAACGGCAAAUUAGCUUAUUGGGGUAUGUAGUGUCGGAAGAAUCCGCUCGGAUCCAGAGAAAAUUGCCGCUGUCAAGGAUUGGCCGGUUCCAAAAGACAAGACACAGGUUAGAGCAUUUUUGA